ACAAAAACACCACAUAUAUGUAGAUAUAUAUAUAUAUAUAUAUAUAUAUAUAUAUAUAACUUCUUCACGCAUAUUCAGAAAUGAAAGAAACCUCAAUCAUAGCAUUUGUCCCCAGAUACUUCUUUCUCACUCUCCUCCUUUCCAUACCGUUCCUUCUUUUUCUCUCUUAUCGUUCUUCCACCACCACCAAACACUCAGAACGAUUCUCCUCAGAAACGAGCUCGGGCCUAAAAAUCCGACCCGGAUACAAGACGUACGAGUCCUACAUCCAGCGCCAGCUCAACAAGACCCUCAAUCCGAAGCUUCGAGAAAUAUGGAGUACCCGGGACUGGGACAGGAAAAUCCAAGUCUUUACCCGUUUCUUCGGCGAGCUGAAGCAGAGGAAGUUGCUUUCUAAUGAUUCCAAAGCGCUGAGCAUCGGGGCCCGGAUGGGUCAAGAAGUGGAGGCGUUGAGACGGGUAGGAGUAUCCGACUCGCUAGGGAUGGACCUGGUCCCAGCUCCACCGCUAGUUGUGGAGGGUGACUUUCAUAACCAGCCGUUUGAGGAUGGGACUUUUGACUUUGAGUUCUCCAACGUGUUUGAUCACGCGCUUUAUCCGGAGAAGUUCGUGGGGGAGAUCGAACGGACGCUGAAGCCCGGCGGAGUUUGUGUUUUACACGUGUCGGUAAAUAAAAGGGCUGAUAAGUACUCGGCUAAUGAUUUGUACAGCGUGGAGCCGUUGAAGAAACUGUUCAAACGCUCCGAUUUGGUUCACGUUCGGACUGUUGACGGAUUCGGAUUGGACACAGAGGUGGCCUUCAGGAAAAAGAAGGCCAUCUAAGAGUCUUGAAUUUUCUUAAAGGAUUUUUUUUUCUUUUUCGUUUUAUUGUUAUUAUUAUUAUUUUUUUUUUGGCA